ACUCCAGACCAGGAGGGUGCGCUGAUGCAAAACGACAGAAAACUGACGUCACCACUACAACGUGAAGAAAACACAUUUCGCGGAUUUUUCAACUUCGAAAGAGAAAUAAAGUUGCUUAUUUAUCUCUGAAGAUGGAGGAGGAUGAUGCACAAAAGCAGAGACUUAAAGCUGCUGUUCAUUACACCGUCGGCCGCCUCUGUCAACACAUCGCCUCAGACUGCGAGAAACAAAUCACUAAACAGACAAUAGCUGCUAUAGCCGAGACUGCAUUCAGACAGUGCGAUAUAUUUGCCAAGGACCUAGAAGCUUUUGCCAGGCAUGCAAAACGAAACACUGUUACAGUGGAUGAUGUGAAGCUUACAGCUAGGAGAAGCACUGCAUUGUCAAACUACAUCCAGCAAAAAAGUGAAGAACUGGCUUUAAACAACCAAGAACUAAAGGAGAAGAGGAAGAAGAAUGCUGCAAAGAGGAAGAGUAAAGAGAUGGGAGCUGAGGACGACAAUGAGGUUGAAGAUUAAUGGACCAAAAUAUACUUGUGUUUACGAACUUGGUUAAUGCAUAUGAGAACAAACCAACAGAAAGUUACUUCACAUAAAUCACAGUUCAAGUUAAGCAUUUCAAGAAUUACUCAAAACAAGCGUGUCUGUUUGUGUGUUUUAUUGAAGAAUCCUGAAAACAUUUCUGUUCUUUAGGAAACUAUAAAAAGCUCUAUAAGACAAUGUAGAUAUUGUAAAAAUACUUGAAAUUGUUUCAAUUAAAGAAAAUUUGCAUCUAA